UGGCACCUAAUCAACUAAGAUUUGCAAAGAUACAUACACCUAGAAAACAACAUAUCUCAAGGCAUAUAUCACUACAUGCCAACAACUAAUCCAAACACAAUUUAACACUACUACAAAGCUUCAUUUGUUUACCAAACUUUUCCUACCAUAUGUUGUUCACAACUAACAAUGGGAAAAAAAUCACUUUUUCUUCUUCUUCUAGUCAUCUCACCUUCUUUAGUAGCUGCUGAUAAGGGGAAAUCCGCAUGGUGGUCGACCCCUCUCAUUAUAGUCCUCUACAUAGGAUUCUUUGUAUUCGCGGCGGGUGUCGCAAUUUGCGUACGGCGUUACCGCGAACGCCACCUCCACCACCACGACAUUCCGCGUGCACCCGGAUUAUACCCGGAGGAGAUAGAGUCACUUCCCUCGCUGAGAUUCUCGGAGAUGAAACUGGUGCAUGAGCUGGGAAAGGAGGAUAAGCAGGUAGAGUGUGCCGUGUGUUUGAGCGAGUUUAAGGAUCAAGAGGUUCUCCGCAUAUUGCCUGAUUGCUUUCACGUCUUUCAUCCUGAUUGCAUUGCGCCAUGGCUUGCUACUCAUUUCACGUGUCCUGUAUGCAGAUCCAGCUUGGAGCACAGGCAGGGAUCUAGUGUGAGCAUGUCCUCCAUAUUUGAUAGUACUUCAGGUCCAUUUUCCCAAAGAUUUGAUCAUAGUGGUGAUCAACAUGAUAAUCAUGAUGACGAUCAUCAUGUAACAGUAGAUAUUGAUGAUCAAGGGUCCUCAUCUUCACAUUUAGAAGUGAAUCUAGAAGAUCCGCCAGAUUCCAACGGCAUUAAAAUAUUACCUAGGUCUUACUCAACGGGUGACUUGGUUGUUCACAUGGCAGAGAAUAUUAUUAGUAUCACAAGGAGCACUUCUUUGAGCUCAUUUUUUCCCAAACAAGAUAGUCCAAAGAGUGACUAUCGGACAGUCGUUAUUAAGGCAGAGCAUUGGAGUUGCAAGUCUCCCAAAUCAGCCAUAUCAAAUUGCCAUGAGACAUCAACUUCGGAGUCCUAGGGUGGGGCUUGGUAGUGUGGAAAAGGCUACGUCUAUGAUGUGAGUAAUUUACCCACUAGAGAUGGAUAAUUAAUGAAAUAUUUUUUGCGAUUCACUAUACAUAACGUCUAUUUCUAGUGAGCAUAUUACCUACUAAAUAGAUAUUGUUUUUUCCAUAGAGUAACUCACACUUCGAACUCUAUGCCGUAUGCGCUUACAAUUGUAUUUGAGUGUUUAUAUAUAGGUGUAAAGAUGGAGUCAUUUUAGGACACUUAAAAUUAUUGGAGAAAUUUUUCAAAUUGUACAGUA